CUCCCUCUCUUCCCAGACGGACGGAUGCGCCUCCCCUCUCAUCCACACAAAGCUUUCCCUGCGGCCACGGUCCCCAGCGCCUCGCCACUCCGAGAGCCCCUCGCCUACUUCUUCCUUUCGGACCCUUCAGCCUUCCCCUCUGCUUUCUAUUCGCUCCUCACGCUCCUACUCCCUCCCCUUGACCCCGGCUGAAUCUCCCCGGACACCAGAUGCUCAUUCGUCACCCCCUCGGUCCCGCCGGAAGCCCCCACGAACCACAUCUGUGCAGGCCGCGUCGUGCGAAGACCUGUAUGCCCACAGGACUCUCGCACGCCCCAACACGCCCAUGGGGAGGGUAGACAUUGCCCCCAGCGAGGGCCUCCCCCACAACCCCUAUGCCGUUGUGUCGCCUGGCACCAGGGGGCACCCCCUCACGCCUGCCGACCGGUACGAUGUCUUCCCUUCCUCCGAAGACCCCUAUUGCCGGCGCUACACUCGGAGUCCUCAUCCCGGCAGAGCCCGGCCUGUGGGUGAGGAAGGCCUCACACCCACCCUCGGGAGACAGCCACAGACCAGAUUUGCAGACCGCGGUUACAUCUCGCCCUCCACUGGGCCAGUUCGUACUUUGGUCAUGUCUCGGCUUCAGGGACGAUUG